UGCUGCUGUCCCACAGGGCUGUGCGCGGAGGGGCGGCCCCGCACAUGGCUCGGCUGCGGCCCGGCCCCGUUCCUCCGGCACUGAGCGGGUGAGCGCCCGGGGCCUGCGCGCCGCCCUGCGGGGAUGAUGCAGCCGGGAGCCGCGCGGAGCAGCGCCGGGGGCCGCGCGGAGUGAGGCGGCCGCGGGCCCGAGCCCCCCGGGCGGGGGGAUGCUGUCCCGGAAGAAGACGCGCACGGAGCUCUCCAAGCCGGGCGAGGUGCAGGGCAAGUACGUGAAGAAGGAGACCAGCCCGCUGCUCCGCAAUCUGAUGCCUUCAUUUAUCCGUCAUGGUCCGACCAUUCCAAGGCGAACUGAUAUCUGCCUUCCUGACUCGAGUUCUUCUGCCUACUCUGCUGGAGGGGAUGGAAUUGCUUCUAGAAACCAGAGUUUCCUUAGAACUCCAGUUCAGAGGCCACCUCAUGAAAUAUUGAGGCGAGAAAGCAACAGACUAUCUGCGCCUUCCUAUCUUGCAAGAAAUUCGGCUGAUGUCCCUCGGGAAUAUGGUUCUUCCUCCCAGUCCUUUUUAACAGAAGCUAACUCUGUUACAGAAAAUGGAGAUGCUGGUGCCCGCUAUUACUAUGAUUUUUAUGAUGGUCAAAGGAGGCAUCAGCUAAGUGAUCGUGUACAUGAGAACUAUAGAUAUUAUGGACAUAACAAUGAUCUCUUCCAAAGGAUGUCACAGAGUCAAGGGAGGCAUACUGCAGGCAUUGGCAGGAUUCCUGCUACAUCACUAGGAAAUUUAACAAAUCACAGUUCUGAAGAUUUACCUCUUCUUCCUGGCUGGUCAGUGGACUGGACUAUUAGAGGAAGGAAAUACUACAUUGAUCAUAACACUAAUACAACUCAUUGGAGCCAUCCACUUGAGCGUGAGGGACUGCCUCCUGGAUGGGAAAGAGUUGAGUCAGCAGAAUUUGGAGUGUAUUAUGUAGAUCACAUCAAUAAAAGAGCUCAGUACAAACAUCCCUGUGCUCCCAGCGUUCCUCGUUAUGAUCAACCUCCACCAGUGACUUAUCAACCACAGCAAGCUGAGAGAAGCCAGCCCCUUCUAGUGCCUGCAAAUCCAUACCACACUGCAGAGAUUCCUGACUGGCUACAGGUCUAUGCCAGGGCUCCUGUAAAAUAUGAUCACAUUCUGAAGUGGGAACUCUUCCAACUAGCUGAUCUAGAUACAUACCAGGGAAUGUUGAAGCUACUCUUCAUGAAAGAACUGGAACGAAUUGUUAAACUGUAUGAAGCAUACAGGCAAGCCCUUCUCACAGAGCUGGAGAACCGCAAGCUAAGGCAGAAGUGGUAUGCCCAACAACACGGCAAGAAUUUUUAAGCUAACAGUUUUUUUAAAUGGAAUUUCAAUGAGGACACUAAGAGCUUUAAAAGAUUUUUAUUUUUUUUAAACCAUGAACAAGUGCUUUGGUUUAAAAGGCAGCUUAUUUUUGUUGAUGUUGCACCUUUGUCAUUAAUUAUCCUCUUGAAUGUUUUUCUACAUAUAUAAUGUAUUGUUUAUAGAAUGAAAAACAUGUUUGUUAUUCUUUUUCUGUACAAAAAAGUUAGUUUAUUAUUCUGGUAUCUCCUUUUAGCAGAGAGCUGUAUUAAGAAGCUGUCUAUAUAUUUUUACAUGGUGAUAAAUGCAAAUAUAAGGAAUGUCCUGGAUGCAAAACAAUGUUUUUAAAAUCCAAAUUAAUAAGUUUAUUUCCCUUCA